AUGAAUUGUGAAUGCUCAAGUCAUCUGCCUUUCAACAGAAAUGGAUUCAAAUUUUUCACUAAUGCUGGUGGGCUUGGGAAGGUUGACAUCAAAGAUAUCUUAGAGAGGGCUGCAGACAUAUACAAUCAAUUUACCCCAGAAAGUUUGAAGAAUUCAGAGCAAAAAGCUUUAUUAACUUUUAAGAAAGUGGAUUACAUGAUUGCUUAUACAUCUGAUCUGGUAAAAGCGGUUCGCAAGGCUGCUGGAAACAUAGAGAAACCAUUGGAUGGUUUUCAUAUAGUUGUUGAUGCUGGCAAUGGAGCAGGAGGUUUUUUUGCAGAAAAGGUUUUGAAACCUCUGGGGGCAAUAACUUCUGGUAGUCAAUUUUUGGAGCCUGAUGGCUUGUUUCCAAAUCACAUCCCAAAUCCUGAGGAUAAGACAGCAAUGAAAGCUAUAACCCAAGCAGUCCUCGACAACAAAGCUGAUCUUGGAAUUAUCUUUGAUACUGAUGUGGACAGAUCUGCUGCUGUGGAUUUCACUGGUCGUGAAUUUAAUCGGAAUCGUUUGAUUGCCUUAAUGGCAGCUAUUGUUCUUGAGGAACAUCCUGGAACAACUAUUGUCACAGACAGUGUGACUUCCGAUGGGCUUACUACCUUUAUCGAGAAGAAACUAGGUGGCAAACACCAUCGGUUCAAGAGAGGCUACAAAAAUGUGAUUGAUGAAGCUAUUCGUUUGAAUUCUAUAGGAGAGGAGUCACAUUUGGCAAUUGAAACCAGUGGACAUGGGGCUCUCAAGGAGAAUCACUGGCUGGAUGAUGGUGCAUACCUAAUGGUUAAGAUCUUAAAUAAACUUGCUUCUGCAAGAGCUUCUGGAAAUGGUGGUGGAAGCAAGGUUUUGACUGAUUUAAUAGAAGGGCUUGAGGAACCUGCUUUUGCUACAGAACUGAGAUUAAAGAUAAACCAAUUCCAUCCAGAUCUUAAAGAGGGAUCUUUUCGGGAAUACGGAGAAGCUGUGCUGAAACAAUUGGAGAAUUCAAUUGGCUCUGAUCCAAGUUUGCACAAGGCUCCCGUGAACUACGAAGGGGUCCGAGUUUCUGGCUAUGGGGGAUGGUUCCUUCUGCGAUUAUCACUCCAUGAUCCUGUACUUCCCCUUAACAUUGAGGCACCUAGUAAUGACGAUGCUGUGAAGCUCGGACUUGCUGUGCUUGAAGCUGUAAAGGGAUUUGGAGGUUUAGAUACAUCGGCCUUGAAGAAAUUUGUUGGAGCAUCAUAAUUCAAUGCUUCGUACAAGAAUUGAGUUGGGUGAUAGAAAUGCUUUCGCUUCUAUGUUUUCAGUUAUACAAAGAGGUUCCCUAUACUUGCAUCAGCGGCAACAGAGGGUGAAUUAAAUUAUUGUCAUGAGAAUGGUGUGUUGUCUUGUGAAUUAGAAAUAUCAGAGAUAUCUAUAAAAAAGAAAUUUUAAUGACAUCAA